GCUGCGGCCGGACGCUGACGGCUCAGAUCGGCUCCCUGGCGGAUUUUUGCCCGGUUGGAUUUUCUAUAUUCUGGUGUGACUGGCGGACUCUCAACUGCUGACCGCCCCAACACUAAGUACAACCUCUUGUAGAGUGGUGGACAAAGUGACAGAGGAGCACAUGAGGAGCGGAAACGGUGUGACAGCAACAUCCUGACUGGUAGCCUCGUGUCAGCACCCCACCACACGCCCAGCGACUCCAGCAAGUGGGCGUCAGAAGGAAGGAAACGUGCAACCACUCCUGCGGCAGGCAUGAGGUCCUUCCGUUCCUUUAGUAACGAUGACCGCCAUGUCAUGGCAAAACACUCCACCAUCUAUCCCUCCUCUCAAGAGCUAGAGGCAGUUCAGAUGCUAGUGUCCACUGUUGAGUGCGCCCUCAAACACGUCUCCGAUUGGCUGGAUCAGAGCAGCGGCGACGUCCACUGCCAUGUCGACAGCCAACCAGCAGACAGCACAGAGGAGGAUGACCCUGGCGAUGAGCCCAGCGAUGAAACCGAGGAAUCCAGUGACAGCUACAGGGAGUCCAGCAGUGGUGGCGUGCUGUGUGGAGUGAUGAGGAUCGGCCUGGUGGCCAAAGGCCUUCUGAUCAAAGGCGACAUGGACCUGGAGCUGGUGCUGAUGUGCAGAGACAAACCCACACAGACACUGCUGGACACUGUCUGUCAAAAUUUACCCACACAGAUAGAGAAGCUGACAGAAGAGAAAUAUGAGGUCACAGGCUCCUUGCCUGAGGCGGCCAUCUUGGUACGAACAACAACAGAGCCCAAACUCACACUGAAGAUUACCCUCACCUCGCCGGCCAUGAGGGAAGACGAGGAAGAGGAAGAGGAGGAGGAGGAGGAAGAGGAAGUGGAGAAUGGGGAGGAAGGAGAGGAGGAGGAGGAGGAGGAGGAGGAGGAGGAAGUGCAGGAGGAGGAGGAGGAGCAGGAGAAGAAGAAUGGGCAAGUGUUGGGUGCUGCUGCCCAGAGAGUGGAGGCUGAGGAGGAGGAGGGGGAGGUGCUGGAUAGACACAGAUGUCUGUUGGCCCUGGCAGCGCUGCGACACGCCAAGUGGUUCCAGGCACGAGUGAACGGGCUGAAGUCCUGCGUUAUUGUUCUUAGGAUACUUAGAGAUAUGUGCAAUAGACACCCCGUCUGGGAACCUCUCAAAGGAUGGCCCUUAGAACUUAUCUGUGAAAAGGCAAUUGCCACCUGCAACAGACCUCUUGGGGCAGGAGAAGCCCUGCGUCGAGUCAUGGAGUGCCUGGCCUCGGGCAUACUGCUACCAGGUGGUCCAGGUUUACACGACCCAUGUGAGAAAGAGCCAACAAACACACUAGCCAACAUGACCGACCAGCAGGCUGAGGCCAUUACCUACAGUGCACAGCGUGCUCUCAGACUCAUGGCAUUCGGACAGAUCUACAAGGUGUUGGAGAUGGAGCCUCUCCCCUCAAAUAAACCAUCACAGAAAUACCCUUGGUCUGACAAAGAAGGGUUAGGUCUGAAGAGGCCAUACGAGGAUGGAGCGAUGGAUGACAAGGACCUCAUUAAGAAGAUGAAGAGGAAUCUGAGGAAAGUCUUGGACAAUAAAGCCAUAGACUCCAACCAGCCAAUGAAUGCUCUGAUGCGGCUGAACCAGAUCCGGCCAGGGCUGCAGUAUCGCCUGCUGUCCCAGUCAGGCCCGGUUCACGCUCCGGUCUUCACCAUGUCUGUGGAUCUGGAUGGAACCAUUUAUGAAGCAUCUGGAUCCUCCAAGAAGACCGCCAAGCUCCACGUCGCUGUCAAGGUUCUCCAGGCAAUGGGCUACCCGACAGGUUUCGACUCAGACCUGGACCCCAUGAGUUCAGACGAGAAGUCGGAUGGUGAGGGGAAGAGCGAGACGUCCUCACAUACCAGCAAUAACCCAACACACUCAUCAGACAGUUCCAACACACUGGAGGUGCGAACUCAGGGUCCCAUACUGACAGCAAGUGGGAAGAAUCCCGUCAUGGAGCUAAACGAGAAGAGACGAGGCCUCAAAUAUGAGCUCAUCUCUGAAAGUGGAGGCAGCCAUGACAAACGUUUUAUUAUGGAGGUGGAGGUUGAUGGGCAGAAGUUUCGUGGGGCAGGCCCCAACAAAAAGGUAGCGAAGGCCAGCGCUGCUCUAGCAGCUCUCGAAAAACUCUUCUCGGGUCCCAACGCAGCUGCGAACAAGAAGAAGAAGAUAUUACCUCAGACUAAAGGAGCCCUGGCGGCGGCGGCGGCAGCCUCGGCAGUAGCAGCUCAGGUAGCCAGAGGAAGAGGAAGAGCGGCCCUCGCAAGAGGAGCCUUCGUCAGUGCAGCUGCUCCUGGAUAUGUCACGCCAGGCUUUGGGACACCGUAUGGCUACAGCCCUGCUGCAGCAGCUGCUCCUGCGUACGGUGGACUUUUCAUUGACAACCCCUUCUACCAGCCAAGGACCAUCGCUCCUUUUAUCAUUCAUCUGGGUCCCCAGGAUCUAUUCUCUGAUUUCUAGAGGCAGCAGGUUGUUGGAUACUCUCUUCACACCUACCUGGCUGCUCACAUGCCCACCUGUUUUUCUGUCUGUCUGAGUGGGCUGCCUUUCUAUCCCCGCUGACGAACUCACAGAUCCGCAACAGUUUUGUUUGGUCAGGCCGCUGGAAAAACUUUUCUGCCCGACAACAGCGCCAGAGCUGUCUGACCUCCUGACCGAGAGGCUCAAAGCUCCUCUCUCUGCUUUCUCUCCUCUCCAUUCAGAUUAUCACUCCAGAGGAGAGCAACUUUACAAUAAGCAAUACAUGGAUUUUAGGAGAAACUUUCAGCUGCGACUGUGUGAGGCUGGGCUGAACUUUGGUCUUUCUUAUAGCAAUACAUCUGAACUCCGCUCUUCGAGCUUACUUACUUGAGAAGAUGUGAAUGUUCGAUGGAGUUUUACCCGACACAGCAUUGCAAUAGUUCAUUUUGAUUGUAUAUUCAUUGUAUGUGUGUGUACGUGUGGCUAUAACAUGACUA